AUGUCCAAGACGGUCGGCGGCACCUGCGUCGUGCCGUCGUCGCUGCUGUCGGUCCAGCGGGGCAACCUCGAGAUCCCGCACCCGGACGACGGCAAGCUCAGCGUCGCGACCCUGUUCACAUCGGCCCUGCGCUCCGACCGCCCCGACGGCCUAUUCGUCACGGUGCCCAUGUCGCUCACGUCGGUCACGACGGCGCUCGGCGUUGUCUACUCGUCGACCGAGUCGAUCGCCGAGUCGAUCCUGACGGGCGACGCCGUCUACUACUCGCGGUCGCGCAACGGCCUGUGGCGCAAGGGCGCGACGUCGGGCGCGAUGCAGCGCGUCGAGCGCAUCCGGGUCGACUGCGACUACGACGCGCUCGAGUUUGGCGUCGUCGAGGCGGGCCCGAACGGCGAGAAGGAGGGCUUCUGCCACGUGCCGGAGCAGACGUCGUGCUUCGGCGGCGUCGCGGGACUCGCCGACCUCGAGUCGACGCUCAAGAAGCGCAUGGCCGAGGCGCCGGCCGGGUCGUACACCAAGCGCCUGUUCAACGAGCCCAAGCUGCUGCGGGCCAAGAUCAUGGAGGAGGCGGGCGAGGUGUGCGACGCCGAGACCAAGGCCGACCUUGCAGGCGAGGUGGCCGACCUCGUGUACUUUACUCUGACGCGCGCCGUCAGCAUGGGCGUGUCGCUGCAGGACGUCCAGGCCGUCCUCGACCGGCGCAGCCUCAAGGUGACGCGGCGGAAGGGCGACGCCAAACCCGAGUGGGUCGACAAGCUCGGCCUCAGCGGCGAGCAGGCAGUCGGCGUGCAGGGCGCGAAGUAG